UAAAAAUAAUCGAAUAAGAAAAUGGAUUGCAAUUCUCAGGAAAAAGUAAAAUAUUUUUAGAUUGAUUACAAAUUGUCUAAAGGUGACAAUUACAAAGUGAAAGAUGGUAUGAAUUUGAAAACAGAAUUUUUUGAAAAAAUGAAUGAUUUUUAUGACAGCUUGUUUGAAAGAAUCUUAGAGACUUUACCAUCCUUUAAAUUGUUUAAUGACUAUAAUUUUGAUUUAAAUGAGAUCAGUCACAAUACUUGCUUGCUAAUUGGAAAGGAUUGCAAUUGGGACGUGUGUUAAAUAUUCCAUAAAAUAGGGUUUUAAAGGUUGGCAAGAAGGGUCUUAUUACCAGACAUAAGAUGUAACUAAGCAAAAGUAGGGAAUCAAUUAAAUAGAGAUUCAGAAGAAUUUAAAAAAUUAUAAAAUUUUGUGUUAAGAAUAGUAGGAUAAUAUGAUCAAGAUCAUGUACUAUCUACUAAAAAAUAUGGCGAGUUUAUUUUACUUCACUUUUUGUCAGUAUAAGAAUUAAAAAAAGUCAAGUAUGAACAACCAGAAACCAUAUAUAACUAUUUAUAGCCUUAAAAAUCGAAUAAAGAUACAAAAUCAGAUUAAAAGUUAAAUAAUAACAUAAAGUAGUCUCACAACUUCUAAAUGAUAUCAGACUAGUAAUCUCAGUAAGAGCUUUAAUCCUUAUGUGCUUCAGAUUUCAAUAAAAAUAAAUCGAUAGACUAAAAAAGCAUUCUUGAAAAAAUCAACUCUGCUCCAAGCGGUUAAUUUAAAAAUGAGAAACCAUUUAAUUUAGCAAAUGAAAAUAACUGUAAUAAUCAAAUGGAAUUAGAAUAAAUUGAUGAUUUUGACGACAGAUAAACAUGUUCUGAUAAUGAUAUAUACCAGAUAGACAGAGGAGAUUACUAUUAAUUUACUACAAAUUAAAAAAGAAAUAAUGAAAACUAUAUUUUCUAAUAGUAAGAGAAAAGUAAUUAAGAAAAGUUAAUUAGAGAUAAUUUUAGCCUAAAAAACACCUCUUUAAAUCAAAUUUAAAUAGAAAAUAAUAAUUAAUAGAUUAAUCUAAGAUCUAAUAAUAAUCAAGCAUAAUUAAACAAAGAAUUAAAAAGCGCUAAAGAUGUUUCAAUCUCUAAUUAAAGUUCACUAAUUUAAGAAAAUCAAAAAUAAAAUCCACUAAAUUUUCAAUAAUAGUAAAGUGAUACUUUAUAAGAAGAUUUAGAAUUAAAUGUACUUGAAAAAGAAUUUAAAAGGUGCAAAGAGGAAUAUUUAGAUUCAAAGAAGGAAAAAAAAGAUAUAGAGUAUAAAGCAAUUUUAAAGAAAGUCAAGUUCUUUUAAAAUGGGCUUAAGUUAGCAAAAUUAGAAUAGGAGAAGUUUUUAAAAUAAAACCCAGACUACAAUGUUCCAUAAAAGCAGAAUUAGCAACAAUCUAAAGGAUAUUUAUUUAUUGAGUGA